UUCCGGAUGACGAUAAAAACUCUUGGAGGUCGUGUGUGCAAGUUGCGCACGUUAAAGAUCCAUGUCCUGUCUUAGUUUUGAUCGUGGAUAAUUCUUGUAAGUUCUUUCACACGAUGUAUAAGUACGGAAUCAGAGACGGAAGUUGUACACUUUUUUUGUAUUUUUAGUCACAGAGAACUCGUUUCUACGCCAAACUGUCAUGGCUGAAAAGGGGCCCCUACCAGAAGGCAGAUUGGAUCAUUCUGCUCCAGAAACCCUGUCUUUGAAAGAAAGAAUGAUGAGCUUGUCCCUGUCUAACGCGUCUGCCCGCGAGUGGUUCUCCAAGACGAGGGAGAGCGUCAGGCCAUGGGCAGAGUUUGUUCACACCAAGAGAUUUGGCGUGCCAAAAUCCAUCGCUCCGGUGCCCAAAAGAAUUGUGAAGAACAUCGACACUUUUCAGGGAAAUUACCUGUUUGUGUUCAUGGGUCUUGUCGUUUUCUGCAUAUUGACCUCCCCAUUCCUGCUGGUGGCCUUGGCCGCAUGUUUCGGCGCCUGCUUCUUGAUCAGCGUGAAGAAUCAGGACAAGAAAAUCACCGUCAUGGGGUGUUAUCUCAAGAAUAAGUCUAGAUGUUACCAAGUGGUUCCAACACUUCAUCAACUUACGCCUGAAGGAAAAUGCGAGUUUUCGUAGUCUAGAGGUAAGGAGUUCGCCUCUCAUUCUACAGGUCCAGGGUUCGAAACCUGAAAGCGACGGAAAAUGUUCUUCUCUGAAAAAAA